AUGUCCAAAGGACCCAGCAAAGACUACUACGAUAAUGAGGAGCCCAAGGAGCAGAAGUUUCUGAUUGUAGGGGUCGACUACGGUACCACUUUUUCUGGCGUCAGCUAUGUCUUCUCGGACAAGACUCGAGUAGAAGACGUUGAGAUUCUGGAUCAAUGGGGCUCAACAAAUUCUCAUCAGAAACAAGUCCCAUCACGAAUCGCUUAUGAGCCCAGCGUCACCUGGGGUUAUGGCGUCGAACCAGGGCAAAUCGCAUACUGUUGGACGAAACUGCUUUUGGACAAAGACGCUCCUCCCACUGAGCAUGACGACAGAUUGCUUCGUACUGACCUAGGACCAGGAUUCAAAGCGCUAUACAAGAAAAAGUCCGCUCAGCGUGUUGUACAGGACUAUCUUGAGCUCUUGUAUCAACACAUCAUGAGUGAGCUGACGCGCAAGCUGUCUGGUCCCAUCCUGAACCUCACCCCGAUACAUUUUUGGUUCACCUACCCGGCGCUGUGGUCGGUGAAGGCUCAGUCUGCGACCAAAGAUGCUGCUCUUGCGGCCGGAUUUGCUAGCAGGCGAAGUGACGAGAUACACCUGAUCAAAGAGCCCGAGGCAGGAGCAAUCGCCUGCCUCAGUGCGCAGGCAUAUUCACAACACGCACUGAUCAGGGAUCUUGCUUCUUAUAAGAUUUCUCGAAAGCAUCCGAAUCUCAAACUCGAGCAAAUCUGUGUCAGCGAAGGAGGAAAGUGCGGGUCCACGACCAUUGACAGGGCCUUUCUUGCAUUGAUGCAGCGCAGAUUCGGCGAGGCCUUCCAGAAACUGCCCGAAAAGAAACGCGGUAUCAAUUCCAAAUUCAUGGCCGAGUUUGAGUCGGCCAAGAGGGACUUCAACGAUCCUAGGAUUCCUCGGACACAUCGCCUACACCUGAAGAUGGAUGUCGGGAAUUGUCGGUACUACGACGCGGAGGACGAGGAGGUCCUUCUGAGCAGUCAGGACAUGAAGGAGUUGUUUGACCCUACCAUUGAUAAGAUCAUCAGCCUCACCCAUAACCAGAUAGAGCAAACAGAGGCCCAGAGCCUGGAUGUCAAGGCAAGAUAUGAGCUUCUUGUCGGUGGAUUUGGAGAAUCGAGGUACCUUUAUCGCAGGCUGUAUCAUGAGUCGGAUCCAAAAGGGAUUGCGGUUUUCAACCCCCCCAAAUCAGCCAGAUGGGAUGCCGUGUGCCUCGGAGCCGCGUUCAGAGGGAUUAAGGGUACACUUGUCGGAGAGAAAAAGAGCCGCUCGCACAUAGGGCUUCAAGUAGCUCGACCAUUCCGACAAGGCAUCGAUUCCGAGUCUGAUGCCUGGAUUGACGAGUUCAGGGAUAAGAAGAUGGCCCGUGGUUAUAUGCAAUGGAUCAUCGCAAAGGGCGAGACAAUCACCCUCAAAACAGCGAAGGCCUUUUCUAGGAUUCGGCUGAUUAGCGAUGAUGAUUUUAACCGCAUCCUGGAGUUGAAUAUUUACGAAUGCUCACUCAAUUGUGCGCCUGACACGGAUGAUAACCCUGCUGUCAUGAAUGUCGGCACGAUUGAGUACGUUUUGGCCAAUAUUGAUGAGCAAUCAGUCAACAGCAUCGAAAAGCCUAAUGGCACGUUCCACGAGCUAUGCUUUGAGGUGGUUAUUAUCCCAGAGGAUGAUUUGGGGUACAUGCAUUUCAGAACGGAAGCCAAUGGUAUUGUCAUCGGGACAGCAGUUUUGAAGAUCUGA